UGCCUGCUCUGCGGCGCGGGAAGCGGCGCGGGAGCGCGGCAUCGAGGGGCCGGCCUAGCUGGGGCCCGUAGCCCUCCGUCUUCUGGCUGGUACGCAGGUCCUGCGCACGCUGCGUGGCCGCAGCCGCCGGGCAGUGGGCGCCGGAGGGACCGGGAGGCGAGCCGGGGUCCCCAGGCGGGUGUGGGCAUCGUGCCCGCAGCCAGCGUCCCCCGAGGCCGCGCUGGGGCCAUGAUCCACUCGGUGAAGCUGCGCCGCGAUAGCGCGGCCGACUUCGUCUCGCACUAUGAGUACCUGUGCGCGCUGCAGGACUCGGUGCCUCUGCCCGCCGUGCGCGCUUCUCUGCGGGGGGGCGUGCUGGACUUCAACGCCGACCGCCUCCGCGGGCUGGACUGGGCGCCGCUUCUGAGCACCCUCAAGAUUAAUAAAGAUCUGCCCCUGAUCUGUAUCAGGAGCUUCUUCCAGCCAUGGCUUGGCGAGACAGGUUCUGACAGAAAUAAAGUUUACAGAAGUCGUGUUCCUGCGAUAAGAAAUAAAGAUGUGACCUUCCAGUUGUGUAAAGCUCUUAAAUGCUGUGUAAGUGCGUCGGGUGCGCUAAGGAACCUGGAGCUAAAUGGACUAGUUCUGAGAGAGAGAGACUUAACUAUGUUAACAAAGGGAUUGAAUAAAUCGGCCACUUUGGUGCACCUGUGUCUUGCGAAUUGUCCAAUUGGAGAUGGAGGUUUAGAAAUUAUUUGUCAAGGUAUAAAGAACUCUAUCACUCUUAAGACAGUAAACUUCACGGGGUGUAAUCUGACAUGGCAGGGAGCAGAUCACAUGGCCAAGAUCUUAAAGUAUCAGACUAUCAGAAGGCAUGAAGAAACCUGGGCUGAGAGUCUUCGUUACAGGAGACCUGAUCUUGACUGUAUGGCUGGUUUGAGGCGCAUCACUCUGAACUGCAACACGCUUAUUGGUGACCUGGGUGCAAGUGCUUUUGCAGAAUCUCUUAGUGAGGAUUUAUGGCUUAGAGCACUUGACCUGCAGCAGUGUGGCCUCACCAGUGAAGGAGCAAAGGCUUUACUAAAGGCCCUUGAAACCAACAGAACUCUGGUCGUUUUGGAUAUAAGAAAAAACCCACUUGUCGAUCAUUCUGUGAUGAAAUCAGUUAUCAAAAAAGUUCUCCAGAAUGGAAGGAGUGCCAAGUCAGAGUACCAGUGGAUAACUUCUCCAUCUGUGAAGGAACCAUCCAAAGCUGCUAGACAGAAAAAGAGAACUAUAAUUUUGGGAAGUGGUCGAAAAGGAAAAGCUACUAUUAGAAUUGGCUUGGCCACAAAGAAACCUGUAAGUAAUGGAAGGAAACACUCUGCUGGUAAAGAAUGUUAUGCUCCUGAACCUCUACCACCUGGUGUGUCUGGUUUCCUGCCGUGGCGUACUGCAGAACGUGCAAAAAGGAACAGGGGUUUUCCAUGCAUCAAAGCUCGUGAUGUAUGUAAUCGGUUGCAGCAGUCAGAAUUUCCUGUGACUGUGACAGUAGAGAGUCCUUCCUCCUCAGAAAUCGAAGAGGUCGAUGAUUCCUCAGAAAGUAUUCAGGAAGAGCCAGAGAAAAUCAAUUUGAAACAAGAAGCAUUGCAGGAAAAACUGGAGGAGUGCCUGAAGCAGUUAAAGGAGGAAAGAGUAAUAAGACUUAAGGCUGAUAAACGAGUCAGUGAGCUGGAACAUGAAAACGCCCAGUUAAGAAAUAUAAAUUUCUCUUUGUCUGAAGCCCUUCAUGCCCACUCAUUGACAAGCAUGAUCCUGGAUGAUGAAGGUGUUUUGGGCAGCAUUGAGAAUUCUUUUCAGAAGUUCCACGCUUUCUUGGAUCUCCUUAAAGAUGCCGGGCUUGGGCAGCUGGCCACAAUGGCUGGUAUAGAUCAGUCAGAUUUUCAUUUACUAGGUCGUCCCCAGAUGAAUUCUACUGUUAGUAGUCCACCUAAAGAAGAAAAGAAGGCACUUGAAGCAGAAAAAUCAGAAUCAAAACAGGGUGCCCCAGGACAAAUGCAAAAUAUCCAAGUUUCUAUUUGUAUGCAGUCAGCUUACAAUGAAGGAACACUAAUGAAGUUUCAGAAAAUUACAGGUGAUACUAGGAUUCCUUUGUCUCUUAACUCCUUCCAGGUCCCAGUCUCUACUCAGGAGGCCUUAGAAACUUCCAAAGAUAACCUGGGGUUCCCAGUCACAGAGCAGCGGCAGGAGUCUUUUGAAGGUUUCAUUGCUAGAACAUGUCCUCCUUCAGCAGAUGUCAUUUCUGGAACUGGAAGUCAAAGAAAAGAAGAGGAGUUAUCUAGAAAUAGCAGGUCUUCUUCAGAGAAAAUGACCAAAGCAGGUGAAUAUACCAAAAAAUACUCUGCUAAGAAACAACCUGGGAAGGACCUGCAUUCCUCCUCCGACUCACCUGUAAAGCAGAAAAACAAAGAAAUUGGGCAAAAUAAUUCUUUGGUUAAUAAAGCAAUUAAAAGUGAGUCUUCGAAAAAACACAUUUCUGUUAAGAAAGAGAGUAGAAUAGUGACUGUUUCAUCAAAGACAACUAAAAGUAAACGCAGUCUACUAGAACAUUCUGAAAGUGAUACUCUUGGAUCUGAUUGUGAAUUUCCAGAAAGCAUCCAUACUCUAUCACGCCUAACAUAGGUCUAAAUCUUUUAAAAUUAUGUUUUUGCCUUCAAAUUUUAAUAAAUUACUUAUGUUUUUA